CACGCCCCCACCCCCAGUCCUGCUUGGUGAGUGCGGUGCAGCGGUGGCUGAAGCGGCAGAGCCAGGAGAGCAGGUCUACACUGCUGCUUCCUUGGACUCAGAGUCACCAAAAUGCCCAUCCUGGAAAAAGACCCUCAUAAGAUGGCAACAAAACCCUCAAGCAGUGAGGAGGAGUCUGCACUGCCCAAGCUGCCGGUGCCCCCCCUGCAACAGACCCUGGCCACUUACCUGCAGUGCAUGCAGCACCUGGUCCCUGAGGAGCAGUUUCAGAAGAGUCAAGCCAUUGUGCAGAGGUUUGGGUCCCCUGGCAGCCUCGGUGAAACCCUGCAAAAAAAACUCUUGGAGCGGCAGGAGAAGACAGCCAACUGGGUGUCUGAGUACUGGCUGAAUGACAUGUAUCUCAACAACCGCCUGGCCCUGCCUGUCAAUUCCAGCCCAGCUGUGAUCUUUGCUCGGCAGCACUUCCAAGAUACCAACGACCAGCUAAGGUUUGCAGCCAGCCUCAUCUCUGGUGUGCUCAGCUACAAGGCCCUGCUGGACAGCCACUCCAUCCCCAUGGACUGUGCCAAGGGCCAACUGUCAGGGCAGCCCCUUUGCAUGAAGCAGUACUACGGGCUGUUCUCCUCUUACCGGCUUCCUGGCCACACCCAGGACACACUGGUGGCCCAGAAAAGCAGCAUCAUGCCUGAGCCCGAGCACGUCAUCGUGGCCUGCUGCAACCAGUUCUUUGUCUUGGAUGUUGUCAUUAAUUUCCGCCGUCUCAGUGAGGGGGAUCUGUUCACUCAGUUGAGAAAGAUAGUCAAAAUGGCUUCCAACGAGGACGAGCGCUUGCCUCCAAUCGGCUUGCUGACAUCAGACGGGAGGAGCGAGUGGGCAGAGGCCAGGACAGCCCUCAUGAAAGACUCCACCAACCGGGACUCGCUGGACAUGAUUGAGCGCUGCAUCUGCCUCGUGUGCCUGGACGCCCCGGGAGGUGUGGAGCUCAGCGAUACCAACAGGGCGCUCCAGCUCCUUCACGGCGGAGGCUGCAGCAAGAACGGGGCAAACCGCUGGUACGACAAGUCCCUUCAGUUUGUCGUGGGCCGAGACGGCACCUGCGGUGUGGUGUGUGAGCACUCCCCGUUCGAUGGCAUCGUCCUGGUGCAGUGCACGGAGCACCUGCUCAAGCACAUGAUGAACAGCAGCAAGAAGCUGGUCCGAGCAGACUCUGUCAGCGAGCUCCCUGCACCCCGAAGGCUGAGGUGGAAAUGCUCCCCAGAAAUUCAAGGCCACUUAGCCUCCUCAGCAGAAAAACUUCAACAAAUAGUAAAGAAUCUCGACUUCACUGUUUAUAAAUUUGACAGCUAUGGGAAAACAUUCAUUAAGCAGCAGAAAUGCAGCCCUGAUGCCUUCAUCCAGGUGGCCCUGCAGCUGGCCUUCUACAGGAUCCACCGAAAACUGGUGCCCACGUACGAGAGUGCAUCCAUUCGCCGAUUCCAGGAGGGACGAGUGGACAACAUUAGAUCGGCCACUCCAGAGGCGCUGACCUUUGUGAAGGCCAUGACUGACCACAAGGCUGCUGUGCCAGCUUCAGACAGGCUGCUGCUUCUGAAGGAUGCCAUCCGGGCCCAGACGGAGUACACAGUGAUGGCCAUAACAGGGAUGGCCAUUGAUAACCACCUGCUGGCACUGCGGGAGCUGGCCCGGGACCUGUGCAAGGAGCUGCCUGAGAUGUUCACAGACGAAAUGUACCUGAUGAGCAACCGGUUUGUCCUCUCCACCAGCCAGGUCCCCACAACCAUGGAGAUGUUUUGUUGCUACGGCCCUGUGGUCCCCAAUGGGUAUGGUGCCUGCUACAACCCCCAGACAGAGACCAUCCUCUUCUGCAUCUCCAGUUUUCACAGCUGCAAAGAAACCUCUUCCACCAAGUUUGCAAAAGCUGUGCAAGAGAGCCUUGUAGACAUGCGAGACCUCUGCAGUCUGCCACAGCCUGCCCAGGGCAAGCCACUGGCAACAAAGGAAAAAGCCAUGAGGCCCAGCCAGGGGCACCAAUCUUGACUCUUGCUGCUAGGGCUCUUCUCCCAAGCCCACCUUCUGAACCCCCACAUCCUGCCAGUUCCCCAUGCCUGCCCCUCACCCCAGCUUUCUGCAGCUCCCCGGCCUCAGGGCCCAACCGACAGACCACGUGGAGGCUGGAGGGUGGAGAGGAAAGCGUCCCCUGCUAUGCCUAGGAGGUACACUGGGAGGUGACACCAGCCUGGCUCAGAGGUGGUCUGGGUGAGGUGGGGAGCCGUGCUGAGGACCUCCCUCUGAGAACCUCAGAAGCUUACUGUUCAUGUUCACUUCCUCAGCAAGACUUGGCAUGUUCAGGUGAUGCUUCUGCCCAACAGAUUAAUGAGUCACCCUGACAUGCAGUGCACCUAAUGAAUCAUGAAGGAAGAGGCUAGCUCCAGGUCAUCACCUCUCCUUGUUGUGGGGAGCAAGAAGCUUUGUUUUCAGAUUCAAAGCAUUUUGAUCACAGUGUUCAGUGCCUCCCCUGAGCCACACGGCCCUGCCAGCACCCACUCCCUGACACACACCAGGCACAGCCCAUGUUACUUAAAAUGGGUUGGCCCCAAACUUGUUUCUCCCUUUGCUCCCAAGGGCAGCCUUCUUCUGAGUUCAGAAAUUUGUGUCUAACAAUUUUGAAAGGGGAGAAAAUUUAUCUGCAAAUGUCCUGGAAUUGUUGUCACCUCUACUUCCCAGGUAGCAUUAGAGAAGAUGGGUAAACCACACAGCCUGGAGCAGGUCGGUCAUCUCGAACAGGUGGCUGUGGGAGGACUGGACCGGUCCCUGGGAUCCCACUAUUUGCAUUUCUCUGCAUCUUUUUCAUUGUCCUCCCUACGGUAUGUGCCGAAAUAGGUGGAGAAAGGGUUGCUUUGGUUUUUCUAUUGUUGUUUGCUUUGUUUUUAAGAGACAGGUUCUAAAGAAAACCACCCUGAUAUUAAUUUCAGAAAACAAUCUCAGUGGCCCAAGCAGGACACCAUUACACAGCUGGGCUCCUUGAGUUAAGGGAUGCUAGCCAGAGAUAUGAGUAAACCCCAAAUAGAAGAGCCCACAGCAGGGCUCUCCACUGGCCUGGAGAUUGGGAGGACAGCUGGCUGGCAGUGAGCUGGCUGAGAGGAGGGAAUGGCUGUGUUCAGAGCCUGUCUGGGCAGGACAGACAGCACAGCAGGGUGGGAGUUGAGAGCAUCUUGCAGCCCCUGGUACUGGAGGCGGUGUGAGGGGCAAUUCCCCUCAGGGCACAGUUUUAUGGAAAGUCUAAAAGGGCAAGAGAAGGGAAAACAAAAAGCAGACAGCAGCACAGAGCUUGGCUCCCUGCAGCUAGUGCCACUGUGCUCCCCACCAGCUGCUCUUGGGAAAGCUCCCUUUGCAUCACGCCCCACCCCCCAAUUCCACCAUGCUCUAUCCAUUCUAAGCACUCCACUCUGGCCCAGGGGCCCUGCAAGUAUCCCUUCUUUGGGGGCACUAUUGAAAGCUCUUCACACUGUGAAAGUAGGCAAGGAGCUGACCUUGGCUCAGCUUUACAAAAACAUGAGCAGCCUCAAGCAGUGAAUUCCUUGAUCCCUGGUUUAAAUGGAGGAUUUCUCCUGGACAAUGUGGGCAAUGUAGGCAAGCCCGUCCAACAAAGUCAAGUCACUGGUCUAUAGGGGCACACUCCUUCCCUUCCACGGCCUCCUUCCUAUUUCCCUUGGGAAGCUGCAGCCCAGGGAUCCCAAGGGUUUCUGGGGAUAGGCAGUCCACCCUUUCCCAAAGCCACUUUUCUGUUCUCACCAAACGGCCACUGUGCAGAUCCAAGUGUUCCUCUGGAUUUCUGGGCAAGCAGAGAACUCUGGCUUUGGGGGUCAAACAGCCCUGCUAACCUUGUCCAAAUGACUUAAAUGCCCAGGAAUGCAAUUCCCUCCAUUGUCAAAUGGGAACAAGAAUGUCCCCACCUUGCAAGGUUAUGAGGAUCAGAGAGAUUGUAAAGGACCUUGCAUGAGUAGGUGGGCAGCCUACUUUCCAGAGAACAUUACCCUAUUGGGUGUUAUUGGGGUGAUUUUUUUUAAACUAUUUACAGUGAUGUGACAGACCCAAAUUCAUACCUGCUAUUCUCCGAGCAUAGGGAAAGGUAACUCACUGUGUACACUCAGAUAUUAAGCCAUGCACUGUCAGGGUGUCAAGAAGCGUGAAUGGCAGAUGCUUGGCAGUAAGAAACAUCUCCUCUCUCUAAGGAGGGGUUGGAAGCUGGUCUUCCCCUUCCAAAAAGAGAUGAGUGCCCUGAGACUUUAUGCAAAGGCAACACUGAGCCAUGGCCAUAGGCUUCUCUGUGGGGACCCUGGGAAAAGGAGUCAGCUCCAGGUGUCCCCCAUGAGAUGGAAAAUGAGACAGUCAUUUGGAACAGUGAUGCAUAAUAAAAAUGUAUGUGGCCACCUUACAAUACUGCUAAGUUGCUAAAAUAUAUAAAGUUAAUAUUUGAGUUCUAUUUUUAUAAAAUAGUUCCAGAUUUAUGGCAAUAUGUAUAUGUAUAUAGCCUUUCAAUUUUAAUUUAUAGUUUUGUGCUUUGAAUAAAUAUAUGUAUGAUUAAAGACCUAUGUAAUGAAAGCAUUAUAUAAAUUAUUUAAAGACUAUAACUCUGUAUUCAAUAAAAAGUAAUGCCAAGAAAGAUGAUGUUAGCCAUUGUUUCUACCCAGAAAUACUAUAAAAUGUAAAUUGUAAAUUCUC